AUGACUAUGGAAACAGAGCUUGGAAAGAAUGGCACUACUUCAUUGAUUGAUGUAUUGCAACAACACGAUUCUACAUCAGAAUCAUCAUCAACCAUUCUCUUCUUCAAUAUUUGCAUCUUGCUCGAUAUGAAAUCAGUUUCCUCUCUCCGACACACUUGUUCCCGUUGCAAUGCAUUGUUGGAACACAUUUCUGAGCAAUUCUUUUCAUACCAUAUCGAUCAUUUCUUGUUUACACGACAUGAUUUUCAUGCAAGUGUUCUGAACUCGAAACCAUUAUCUCAAUAUUUGCGAGAACAAUUUUACACACUGCCUGCACAUCAUGAGCAAGUGACCACUGAGCUCGAGCCCAACAACUUGUCGUCAUCUCUUCAUCAAGAUUUAGCUCGAUUGAAUCAGCAACCAUUAUUGGAAAAUUCAAAUUCACCCUUCGAAACGAAUGAUCACUUUUUUAGAGACUUGUUUAAAGAAUUUAUUUGCACACCUCUGAUCGACAUGAAUUAUGAAGAAACAGAUGUGAAUUUUAAAAAGUAUUUGGGAUUGGGAGGAGUGGUUCGAGUGACCCUGUAUAAACCAUGUCGAUUAUUAGAGACAGUUCUUUCUCUGGUAUUUAAGAAUCAUGUCUCGAAUGAAGAACCAUUCCAAUGGAAUGAACAAACAUAUACAAAAACCAAUCAUCACAGAAAGAGAAAGGUUGCCUUUCAUAAAUUUGCUCUAUUAGCUUCCUUAUUCCCUCUAUUGACAAGUUCAUCCAUUCAUAUUAAGGUAGAACCGUGUGAAAACAUGGGUCACAAUGAACCAUUGACAACCCUUCUUAAAACGACACCUGGAGGAUUAUUGUCAUGGAUGUAUAAUGGUCAGGUGCAUCCACAUGAUGAAUGGAGCGAGAGUGAAGACGAAGAAGAAAUUUAUCAAGAAGGAGAAUAUCAAACCGAGUCUGAUGAGGAUGACGCUUCGGAUGAUUUUGGAGAAUUCACACAAGUUCCAGAAGGAUAUUUUCAUUCAGAAUGUUUCAUUCAUUUUCAAAUACCUCCUCACAUUCUUUCCCUUAAUCCAUAUAUGGAAAGAGUGUUAAAAUACCAUCAUGUGAGUAAUACUCCUCAUGAAGAGAGAAUUGAGGAUUUUAGAAGGUGUGAUAUUUUCAAGUAUUGUGCCCGACCUCCCAAUAGUUUAUACCUUCGAAAAGGACAAGAACAGAAAAUGGAACAAGUGCUUGCGAAUAUUCGUGAAUAUUUAUUUAACACCAAUUAUGAAGGAAAUCACAUCUUUGAUUGGUCUGGAACCAUUGAGAGAAGAAAAUGUUGGAGUAUUUAUUGGCAACCUGGAUUGGAACAUUGGGGAUGCUUUUCAUUUACUAGUUUUAAUAUGAAAAAGGGAUUCUUUGUGGUUGCCACGGCAAGCGAAUCUGAUUAG